AGCUUUCUUAUUCAUUGUGUUGCAACUGGUGUUGGUAUAAUGGAAUAUUUCAAAGAUAAGAUUAUGAAUUGGAAGCUGACAAAUGUAGGAAUGAAUCCUUCUGCAGAACAAUAUCUAGUGCUUCACAAAUUUGGAGCUCAAUUGGAAAGUGUUGAAAACAAAGAAGCACUGAUACAAGACUACACAGAAAAGCUGAAAAAUAAAAUAAAUCCACGAAAUUUACGUCGCUAUGUGGAAUCAUAUAUGAAUCGAAAAGAUAUCACUUCUUUCAUUGAAACUAAUCUCAAAAAUAUGGAUGUCCUUUUGAUCAGUGGAGGAAGAGCUGCUCAUUUACAAGCUGUAGAGAAUCUGUAUGGUAGAAUGGAUAAACAAAAGACAGCAUUUUUAAAAUUAGAUAGUGUUGGCGAUGUAUUUGCACAAGCACCCGAAAAACUUGCUCAAAGCUUGCUUUUAUUUGUCAAAGGUCUUGGGUUUUUAACUUCUGUAACUCUACCUGGCGUUGAAAGGCAAAGAACAUUUUCUGGAGGAGAUCCCAAGGCUCUUGGAGCAGUUGGUCGAAGACGUACGCUGUCAAUGGAAGAGUAUGACAUGCCUCGACCACGUCGCCUGUCUCUGACCAUCCCCCAAAAAUGAACAAUCGCAUAAAGUUUUUCACUGCAAUAGAGUCACAAGCUAAUCAGAGACAAUUACAUAGAUACUGCCAAGAAAAAAUAAAACAGACUGAUUGUACAAUUGCAAUAUUAGUCUGUAAGUUGUAUUUGGAACAUCAUUCUGUUAUUUUGCCAAAAUGGUUAUCAAAUUACUGAAUUUGCAAAGAUUUGUAAAAAUUUCAAAUAAGUUACUGUGUCUGGUGGAAGUUAUUAGGAUCACUCAAAGAAUGCUUUAGAACAGAUUUAGUAAAAACAGGUAUUCCAUUCAAACUGUUGUAAGGAUUAUAACAUUUGUUGAAGGGUAAAGUGACCAGUUUGGGUCAAUUUUCUAUUUGGCAGUUCUAUUGUGCAUAAUAUAUUUAUGCAUUGACAUAGUAUCUCAAAUUAUUUUUAAUAAGGAUAAAUAUGCUCGUUAAACUUAGGUCUGUUUCAAACACUGUAUAUAAUAUUUAUAUUACAGUAUAAAAUAUACAAUCAUAGUUAUCAUACAAAAGUUUUUUAACAGAAAAAUUAUAGUUUACAGAGGAAUUUAAAGGUAUUUUAUAUUUUUUUCUUUGCUGUCUUGAAAAAAAAAUACUUAAGCUGAUCCUAUUUAUAACACGCACUGCAUUUAGUACAUUGAGUAGAAAAUGGUUUUUAAUAAUUCCAUAAAAAAUAAUGGUGGUAAAAUCAUUUCAGAACUCAAAAAAUGUUCUGUAUUAUGUACAAAAUUUAAUUAUUGAAAAAUUAAUAUCUCAAAAUGAAAUUUCAAGUAUUUACAUUUGCCCAGAAAACAUACUAAAACAUUUUCUCAUAAAUGUGACCCAAGAUUGAUCACUUUACCUACAUAGUUUCAAAAUAAAAAAUAUCAAAAAAAAAAAAAAUACAAAAUACAGAAAUGUAAAAAUGAUUUUUCUUCACUUUUAGCUUAAACAUAAUCUAGAUUACAUAUGAUCUUAUAUUCCAGUGUGGUCCCAUUUUUCCAUUCAAUUAUUAAAUAACACUUCCUGGCAUAAGUGCACGUAUUGUAUAUAUUGUUUCUUUCCUAGUUAUUUUGGAUGUUUUUUGUUAAGUUCUCUCAUUUUAAUUUCUAAUUUACUUUGAUCUCUAAUUUAAUGAAAUAACUGAUUUUGCAUUUGCACAAUUUAUACUCACAGUUUUCUAUAAUCAAUUGAACUGAUUACUAUCAGAAAGAUAUGCAAAUAGAGUGAAAAUAAUAUACUACUAAUUUUCACUACAU